AUGCCUUCUCUUGUUGCAGGUGUUUAUGUCAUGAUAUCAGGGCUUGAUCUGGAAAGGCUUGUAUUAACUGCAGGACCUGUUGGCCUUAUGCAGGCAUCCCUUGAUGUUGUUCGUCCGUAUAUUCGUCAGAGGGAGCAAUUUGGUCGUCCAGUUGGUGAAUUUCAGUUCAUACAGGGAAAAUGUCAGAUAUGUACACCUCGUUGCAGUCGUCAAGAUCAUUUGUAUACUCGGUUGCUAUGGAUUGCGAUAAUGGCAAAAUUGACCGCAAGGAUUGUGCAGGAGCAAUUCUCUACGCUGCUGAAAGGGCAACCCAAGUUGCACUUCAGGAGUUCCAGCAUGCCAGAACGACAUCAACGCGCUGUGGAGCAACUGCCACCAGUACGUCCAGAAAGACAGGGCAAAGGUACCACCGUCACCGGAUUGCUGCGCCGCCGUGAAGGCACUUGCAGGAGAGGAUGUGCCCUGCGGCUGCGGCUACCUGGGCUCCCCCGCCGCCAGGGAGAAAAUAAGCCUGGAGAAGGUGUUCUAAGUCACCAACAAGUGCGGUGUCACCAUCACAGGGAGCUGUGGAGGGUCAAAGCAGGUCUGAGACAGAACUGGCUGAACGGAGAAGUUGGCUAACAUAGGCAAGGCGGCUAAUACUUGUCAAACUAAUAAAAAAAGUUAGUCAACUUUAAGUUCGAUGAUGUUGGAGGACAAGGACAGCAUAGAUGUUUGCCUAUGGAAAACCCUGAUUAAUUGCAUAAUCUUGAUCUUUAUUAAAGCCAAGUGAAGACAAUGGCUCA